AUGACCAUGACGCCAACACCAGAGAGGGACGCUGAUGGUAUGACCGGCAUUGAGCUUGAAUUCUCCCUUAACAAGAAGCGAACGGGUGAAGAUAUUGCCGAGUAUCCGCGAAGAAGGGCGACAAUUGCUUGUCAAAUAUGCCGCUUACGCAAGACAAGAUGCAAUGGGGCACGUCCUAAAUGUCAACUUUGCUCCGAUCUCGAUGCCGAAUGUAUUUAUCGUGAGCCCGGGGUCAAGCUUGACGCGGGCGACAAGCUCAUCCUUGAGCAAUUGACUCGAAUCGAAGGGUUACUUCAGUCAAGUCUAUCAGUACAGACCCAUCCACAUCAAUUGACACUCUCGUCCGCCUCACCCGCGACCAGCAAUGAUACCGGAAUGGGCAUCGAGGAUCCUUUCAGCCGCAUCAGUGGAUUCAUGUCUACGACGAGUAAGAUGGCUGCCGUAGGACUGGGGUCUUGGGCCAACCCACCACCUAGCAUCAGCAUUUCGACCAUGCCCAAAGUUCACAGUACCCCGGCUUUGCAUCUUUUGCAGUGGCCGCUGAUUCGAGAUUUAGUCUCGAGGCCGUACGAUCCUCAAAACCUCCUCCAACUAGAGAUGGCGCGUGAACCGUUACGUCUCAAUCCAAAUUCCGGAUUCGAUUUGGGCAAUGCGCCUGUUUACGUUCGGGCGUUCUUUGGACAUGCGAAUAUUUGGUACGCAUGUGUGAACCCCUACAAUUGGGACCGUUACUACCGGACUGCCCUGGCUCAAAGAUUCAGAGAUGGACCGGUCAGUUGUCUGGUUUUGUUGGUAUUAGCUCUGGGAGCAGCCAGUCGGCAUGGGAGCAUUGCAUCUCUUCCUCGAGACCGAGAACCCCCGGGGUUGCCCUACUUCGCCGCAGCCUGGGCAAUCCUUCCCUCGAUCAUGAUGCGUAACUCGGUGAUUGCAGCCCAAUGUAUGAUUCUUGCGUCUGCCUACUUAUUCUAUCUUGUACGACCGCUUGAAGCGUGGACGAUCUUGUCCAGUGUGAGCUUGAAGCUUCAGCUACUUCUGGGUAAUCCUGAUCGAGUCCCCGCGCAAUGGAAAGAGCUCAGCAUUCGAGUCUACUGGAAUGCACUGCUCUUUGAGAGCGAUCUCCUCGCGGAGCUUGACUUGCCACACUCGGGUAUUGUCAACUUUGAAGAGCUCGUGGAUCUGCCAGGAGGAUUUGACGAGUAUGAGGAUGAGGAGGAAAGUUUUCCUGAGUAUCAAAGGCACGCUUUCGAGGAUUCUCAACCGCGUGAUCAUAUCCAGCGCUCAAGAUCUACGGGACUCGACAGCAAGAAGAACAAACAAGAUAGUCACAACAACAGCAUCCCACCUGAACAAUCUCAACCCGACCGAGAGUCAGGAAAGGGUCUAGGGACACACCAGGACGAAAUAUGGUACUUUCUCGCCGAAAUUGCCCUCCGUCGGCUUCUCAACCGAGUCAGUCAUCUUAUCUAUCAAAAGGACAGCACUCACACUCUCGCCUCUCUGGGACCCAUCGUUUCUGAACUCGACUUUCAACUUGCCCAAUGGUACGAAAGUCUUCCUCAACCUAUUCAAUUCCCACUCAACCCUACUACUACUACUACUACUACUACUCCUACUACUACCACCACCACCACGACUACCACUAUAAUCACUACUCCUUCCCGACAACCUCCAUCACUAUCAUCCUCCACCUCACCUUCCACCGCCUCUUCUUCCCAAACACAAUCAAACGCACCACCUCAACCACCAAUAAACCCCAUCCAAACCGUCCUCCGCCUCCGCUACAACGCCUGCCGCACCAUCAUCUACCGCCCCUACGUCCUCGCCGUCCUCGAGCACGAAUCCGCCGGUUCCGACCCAGGUGUCCUAGAAUGCUGCCGCCGCUGUCUCGACGCCACCCUCCGCCAACUCGAAAACAUCACCUCUCAUCGCGAGGGCCACCUCCCUUAUCUCUGGCAGGGCGCUCUAUCCAUGGUUUCCCAGGCUCUGAUCAUUAUGGGCGCAACCAUGUCUCCCACUCUAUCGACCUUACUUCCUGCCAAGGGGAGGAUCGAUGCGAUUAUUGCCGGGGUCGUCGAUGAAGUCCAGAGGUAUGCGCAUCUAGCUCCGAGUUUAAAGUUGGCGGAGGAAAUCAUUCGAGACGCGGAGAGGAGAAGAAGGAUUCUUCUUCGUUCCUGA